AGUGGACCUGCUCCUUCUGAACGUGGCCUCAGAAGGCAGAAAACUAUUCCCAGAAGCAGAGAAGGGAUGAGGACCCCGUGAAAGGCCAAGAGAUCAAAUAUGGAACAGCAAGACCCAUCUACUCCUGAAGCAGGACUUGGCCCUGAUGCCAUCAAGACUGAGACCCAUGCGGAGGAAUUCCUGGGGGAAAAUGUGCAGAAGAUCUUGGGGAAGAAUCCCCUCAGCUCAGAUGUGCAGCGCCAGCAGUUCCGGUGUUUCCGCUACCAGGCAGCUGAGGGGCCCCGAGAGGCUUGCAGCCAACUUCACCUUCUUUGCCGUGAGUGGUUGAAGCCAGAGCGACACACAAAGAACCACAUCGUGGACAAGGUGAUCCUGGAGCAGUUCCUAGCUGUCCUGCCCCCAGAGAUGGAGAGCUGGGUGAGGGAAUGUGGGGCCGAGACCAGUUCCCAGGCAGUGGCCCUGGCAGAAGGUCUCCUGCUGAACGUGGCUGAGGACGAGAAGCAGGCAGAGCGGCAGGAAAAGGGUCUCUGUGGAGAAACAGGAAUGGAUUUCCCUGAGGCAGAGAGGACUCCAUUGGACCCCAGGCGGAGGCCGCUGGGGGAUGGAAUCAUGUCGGCAAGACCUGCUAAAUCAUAUCCCCUUUCUGGUGGAGGAGAAGCUGUUGCUGUCACCCCCGAUCAGGAUCCAGUGUCUUUGGAGGAUGUGGCUGUGCAGUUCACGGAAGAGGAGUGGGCUUUGCUGAAUCCUGACCAGAGAGCUCUGCAUAGCGAAGUCAUGGAGGGGAUUUGUGGGACUCUGUCCUGUCUCGGUAAGGCAGGUUCCGUUGUAAUUUGUUAUGUGCCUUCAAGUCGAUUACGACUUAUGGCAACCCUAUGAAUCAACAACCUUCAGUAGCGUCUGUUAUAAACCACCCUGUUCAGAUCUUCCUUUAUGCAAUCAAUCCAUCUAUUGUUUGGCCUUCCUCUUUUUCUAUUCCCUGCUGUUUUUCCCAGCAUUAUUGUCUUUUCUAGUGAAUCAU